AUGUCGCCUACUACGUUAACGGCAUCUAAAAUGGUUCGACGUCACGUUAUGAAAUAUACGUAUCUUGCUUGUUGGAAAGACAGGUCAUGGAAAAAGUUCAACCGGAAAUUCGAUUGUUGGAAAAGACAAGUUUGCGUAGCAUUUUCAGCGAAAUCAGUAACAGAUACCACCAGCUGGUCAGGGGUAUGUACUCGAUUUGGAAAAACUAUCGAAGUGGUUGAUACUCCAGGCAUUUUCGACACUCAUAAAACCGAGCGUGAAAUACAUAAAGAACUUAUCAGAUCGCUUUUAUUUGCAACUCCGGGUUUUCAUGCAAUCGCGUUUGUUCUCGAGAUAGGUCGGUUUACAGAAGAGCUUGUAAAAACAAAGAAUUUAUUUUUCGAAUGGUUUGGCAGUGGUGUAGAAAAAUAUGCAUGCAUCAUUCUAACCAGAACGGAAGACGAACACUCUGUAGAUGAAUAUAUUACCACUGAUACAACAGAAGAUUUGCAAGAUUUGAUACGAAAAUGCGGUGGAAGGACAAGGAUAGCUCCUAUCGAAAAUAAAUCAACUGACGUUAAACGAAAGGAAGCUCAAGUAAAACGGAUAAUAGAAAUGGUGGAAGAAAUAAAGAGGACCAAUAACAAUACUCACUUUACAAACGUAGCUUUCCAAUUAGCGACUGCUUAUGCUUACAAUAGGCAGUCUGAAGUAAUAUCUAUGGAUUCAAUUUACAUAUUAAGGAAAGCUGGUUUAAAAGUUUCUGACAACGAUUGUAAAAUGCUUGACAAGGUACUGGAAGUUAAUGAGACAGACGACUUAGCUUCUGGUUCGAGCACUAUUGACGAAGAAAAGAAAGUCAACCGAAGAAAAAAUAGAAAUAUUGAUGUAAAUUCUGUACGCGUCACGUAUAUGUCAGAUAAAGGUUUUAACAAUGAUAUAAGUAUAGACGUUCCUGACGAUCAAACAAUGGUAGAUUCCGGAACUUCUGAUACAGACCCUUUAAAUGAGCUUAAAAACGACAUUAAAAGCGGUCGUAAAGAUGAAACUGGAUUUUUGAAUCUUUUGAGAAGGGCGUGGAACUUUAGCAAGAAAAAACUAAAAUGCAUUAUAGUAUAAGCAUCUAUAUUUUAAUUUUGGAACUUCUGCGCGAAUAAAUGAUAUAUUAGUAUAGCUAACUCGAUCCGAUUUAUUAUUUCCAUUUUCAUACUAUUGAAAAUACAACCCAAUGAGAUGGUGAAAGAGUUUUGACGUUAUCAAAAGUCGAUCUUGGCAGAGUGGUUAAGGACUUCAAAUUCCUUGACCCUUACUGCUGUUGAUUCGAAUUCCACCAGGAAUUCGGAUUUUUCAUGUGUGGAAGCUUUAUGACUUAAAACCAAGAACAAAAAUCAAGGACUCAGUCUAAAAAACAUGAAAAACUUUGAAAAACUCGAAGAAAGAAAGAGAGGGGGGAGAGGUUACAACAGUUAAAAAAUAAUUCAGGAGACAACUCGGCUCAAUAAAAUACACAAUAGCUUUAAAGUACGUUUGAUAAAAUGAGUUUUUACUAUUUUUUUCCAGAUUUUUAUACCUUCUUUGUUUCGUUCAUAUUUUGUUCUUCAUAUUUUUUAUGACGACUUGCGCUUUUUACUUUUGAAGAAAUGAUUUAUAUAUCACGGGAUGGAAACUGUUACACGAUAACUUGUCACGUCUACUACCAGAAGAAUUUCGUCUCCCAUGUAAUAUUUCGAACCUCGUAUUCAUGUAAUUAGUAACAUGAUAAUUUUGUGUAUAAAAAGAUGCUUAUAAAUUAUAAAAUUUGAUACAUAUUCAAAGUUAUUCGUUCAGUCAUUGGCCCAAAAUGUUGGGAUAAAAACGAGCGAACCCUCUUAUAUAGCAAUUAUUUAGCAUGCCACGCAUUUAUAUUGAACAGAACGUUUUAUCUUAUAUAAACUAUCUAAAAUAUUGAUGUUAAUACAGCCAUACAGAGAUAACAAAACAGGUUGAGAAAAUCAUACCAUACAGGAGAAUUAAUUAUUUAACUUUUGAAAUAAUAAUUAAGCAGAAUAAUUUUGUAAGUUUUAAUAAUGUUGAGGGGCAGAGCUAUUCAUUAAAGAUUCUAAUUUAUAAAGAUUAGAAUGAUUUGAGAAAUUUCUAUCAAUAAACAUUUUAUGAAUAGAAUUAAAAAAGUUAAAACAAGUAAUGUAAUUUAUUGCCAAGAGGUUGUUUUGGACAUAUGAUAUAUUCUUUUGUUUUUUUCAGUAUGUAAAUGUUUACAUUUUGCUAUUGGUAAUAAGUGAUUCAUAGUUCUGAUCUUACAAAGUAUUAUAGUUACAAAGAUUGAAAGUUAAUAUUCCUCGAAACAAUUUUUUUCUUAUAAACACGAUAAACAUAAAGAUUAAUUUAUGGUACUUUUGCAAUAUUCUGUAAGAAUUGAUCUUUUAAUCUUUUUUUCAAAAUAGAUUUAAAACUAUUUACCAUACCAAUAUAUUGACUAUCAGAAAAGCCAAGAUUAUCAAGAGAAAUCAUACCAUUAUUAACAUGUCAAGAGAACUGUAUUAUACAAUAUUUUACAUAUUGUGUAAUUUUUUAAAGUUAUUAACUUACUCCAGUAACACAACAUUCCUUCUUUGACCUGCAGUUCUAACUAAUAGUGAAGUUGCUCAAGAAUUUGUACAUUAUCAAUACCCCAAACCGCACUACCAUAUAAUAAAAUUAGUAAAAAUCAUAGUAUUAAAUAAAUGUAAUUGAACAGAUAUGGGUAAAUAAAACGUUUUAGCCUUUAAAUUACAGAAAACAUAGCUCUUCUAUCCUGGUCAACAAGUUUUUCUCAGCUUUAUUACAUUAGUCAUUGAAAUUUUAAUACCAUGUAUGAUUAAUUGUAAGUUAUGGGAUCUGAAUGUGAAUUUAAGAUGAAAAUAGUUGUUUUAGUUCAUGUAAAUCUAACCUGAAUCUAUAUUUUUUUUACAAUUGUAAACAUGGGAAACUGUAGAUAGUUUCACAUAGUUAGGUGUACUAAUCAGUGAUUCAAGGGAUAUUACUCUGAUGUACAACUAUAAUUUUCAUUAUUCAACAUUUAAGCAUGUUUCCGUGUUACGUAACUUUGUUGUAAAUGAAAUACAAAGAUUCAUUCAAUUUUAAAGGGACUCCACUGAAAUUUUCUGACGUGACGGUCCUGGAAAUACUUUGUCAAGGUUAAUGGUACAUUUUAUGUACCAAAACAAUUUUGUGCAUAUUUUCAGAUUAUUUCAGAUUGCUCACUUUGUUUUUCUAAAAUAAGUAUAUUAAUUAUGUUGCAACGCUUAUCAUUCAAAAUGAGCUAAGAAAAGAAAGACAAAACGAGUUCCGAUUUAUUUUUGAGUAUAUUCUUUUAAUUACAAUUUGCAAAUCUUUCUGUUUUAAUGUCCCAGAUGAUCGUGCGUGUUCGGGGAAAAUAUUUUCGUAACAUUUUUCUCAGCAACUACUUACUACAGUCUCAUGAUAUUUAGUAUACAGUAUUGACACAUGGUCCGAUACCGUGGGAUAUAAUUUCAGGUUUGUUGCUUAUCCACUUCCUGUUUACUGACUUAGUUAGAUUUUCAACUUUAAUGGUGAAUAGUAAGAAAUUUUCGUAACAGUUUUCAGCAACUACUCAUCCCAGCCUCUAAAACUUUGGCAUACAGCAUUAACACGUGGACUCAUACUGUGGUAUUUAAUUUCAGGUAUGUCGCUCAUCUACUUCCUGUCUACCGACUUAAUUAAAUUUUCGACAAAUUUUCGACAUAAGUGGUGAAUGGUAGAAAAGUUUCAUAACAUCACAGUCUCAUGAUAUUUGGUAUACAAAUGCAACCCGGCCAUUUCUGUCUUUGGCCCAUUUUAUCAAUAUAUUUUUAUAUUGUGCAUUUAUUAAAAUCAUACAAAAGUACUCUGUAAAUCGAUAGAAUAAUGCUCGUUAAGUGAGGGGCGUAAACACCAAAAAAUGAUAACUUAUCAUACUAAAUAUUGACUGUAGAUAUUUUGCUGCAGAUAAUUACAUUCUGUUAUGUAUAUAAUAUCCAUUUGUAUUAGAUAAUAGAUACACAAUUUGCUAUACUUACGGAUUUGAUAAUACGAAUAUGACAGUAAUGUGACCAAAAAGUUAGUUGUUUUACAUGUAUGUGGAUUCAACCAAUUAUAUAGCACGAAACACUUUACAAAUUCUGAAAUUUCUUAAAA